AAAACACGCAUGUUAACCUAAGAAAAAUCGCGGAUAUUUCUACAAAAAAUGACGAGAUUUGCUAGGGCAAAAGGUUCGAAAUCCUCCAACGAACGACUCCCCGAAGAAGCCACGUCAUGGGGCGAAAUAAAGCAACAGUUGGAACAGAAAAGUAAGGAAAUCGAAACGAAUAAAAAGCUUGCGGUGGCGAAAAUUCAGCGCGACGCGAACUACAAGAAGUUUUUGGACGAUAAGGAGGAAGAAGAGCUGAAGAACACCAAGUGGGCCGAUUUUCCAGGGGUUACCAAGAUCGACAGUAAGUCCAAGGUGAAUAAUAAAAAAGUUAAGGGUAAAAUUGAGCUUGCUGUUAAGAAUACAACAGAAUUAAAUGGGAAAAAGAAAAAGGGAUUUAAAGUUGACGAUGAUGAUGAUGAGAAUGAUGAGGAAUUUCUUGGUUUAAAAUCUCAGCUGGAUAAAAUACUGGAUAAACAAUUGAAUGGUGAUGUAAAGAAACCUGCAAUUCUUAAAAAUUUAACACAGGAAAAAAAGGCUAAACAACCUAAGAAGAAAUUGCUUAAAAUUGUUACGGACAAAGAGAAGAAAUUGGAAGAAAGUACAGAAAUAAAUAACAAAAAACAGAAUAGUGAUAAAACAACAAACAAGCAACAAAAGAAAGUAGAAGCUAAUGAAGAAACAGAAGUGGUCAAAAAGCCCAAAAAGAAGGAAUUUGAAGAAGGUAUAGAAAAUUUUACAAAUGGUGACAUUAAAAAAAAGAAUAAAAAACAACCAAAAAAUGAAGAUACAGAAGUGCCCAUAAAACCGAAAAUGAAGAAAUUAGAAGUAAAUACAAAUGGUGACAUUAAAAAGAAGAAUAAAAAACAAGCCAGCAAACAAACAAUGAAUGAAGACAUAGAAGUGGAAACAAAGAAAGCUGAAGAAACAGAAGCAACAGAAAAUUUUGAAAACAUGACUGAAGAACAGAAAAAAUUGGCAAAGAAGAAGGAAAGAAGGCAGCAGCAACGACAAAAGAAGAAACAGAAGCUCUUUGAAUUGAAGAAAGUAAGCGAAAAUACAGAAGAAAAGCAACCCAAGACAAAACUGAAAGGAGGGGAAAAACCCAAAGAAAAAAAGGUGAAAGUUAUGAAGAAACAGGAAGAUUUAACUGAGGAAGAUAAAGCAAAGAUUGAGAGGAAGAAGGAGAAGAAAGUCAAGCAGCUGGAGAGGAAGAAGUUGAAGAAGCAGCUGUUGAAGGAGGAGAAAGAGAAGAAUUUGCAGAAUGGUGUAAUUGAUAAUAAUGAGAGUUUUCAAGGUGUUAAAGCCAAGGAAGAAAAUGCAAUAAUUGAUAAUAAUAAUCAUGAAUACAAAUUUGGCGCCCCGAAAAAAUCCAGUAAUGCCAACAAUCCAAACAAAAAACCCGGCAAACCACGGGAUAAGGAAGAACACCCGAGGAAAAAGGCUCCCUUACCUAAAAGAAUGAUGAUCAAUGGGAAAGAAGUGGAUGUGGAUUAUGUGGACGGUUUUCCGGUUAAAAAAGAAGAUGCGGAGAGGUUGAAACAAUUGAGGAGAGAAAUGAUAAGCAAGGGGCUGCCAAGGAGCGAAAUUAACGUUGCCAUGAAACUAGAGAGGAGGAAAGCAGAAAAGGCUUUCGCCAGGGAGAAAAAGAAGGUGUGUUUUAACUGUCGAAAAUCCGGUCACAACCUUUCCGAGUGUCCGGAACUGGACAAAAAUCAGGUUGCCCAAACCAGCGGUUCUGGGAUAUGUUUUAAGUGCGGCUCCACCGAACACACUCACUUCGAAUGCAAAGUGGUCCGCGGGCAGGAAUUCAAAUUCGCGUCCUGCUUCAUUUGCAACGAGCAGGGACACAUAGCCCGACAGUGCCCCGACAACGCGAGGGGGCUCUACCCCAAAGGGGGGGCUUGUAACGUGUGCGGGGAUGUGACGCAUCUGAAGAAAGAUUGCCCCAAGUUUCAGUCGCAACAGCAGGCAUUUGGGGAGAACUUCAAGUUGGAGGCCUGGAAGGGGGGGAACCCUGAUGAUUUGAAUGGGGGGGAAGACUUUAAGGGCAAUGGUUUGGGUGGUAAAUCUAAACCUAAUAAGAUUAUUAAGUUUUAGAAUUUUACGUAUGAAUAUGUAUAUUGUUUUUAUAUUUCAUCGGGGAGGUGGCAGAUAUUCGCAUCCGCAGUCGCGGAACAUCCGCAUUAAUUUUAGCAUCCGCAUCCUGUGAAUUCCAUCCUUAAUAAUUAUUUUUAAAAUUGUUUGAAUAAAAACGAAUUUUGGAAGUUAAAAUUGAGCUUUAUUCUAUAAUAUUUGCGGAACUUCAGCAUUAAUUUUAGCAUCCGCAUUCUGUGAGCAUUAAAAUAUUCCGCACCCGCUGAUGAAUUUCAUCCUUUGUAAUAUUUUUUUAAAAAUAAAUUUAAUAAAAACCGAGUGGUCAACCACCCAAAGGGAAAACGUCCAGGGAUUCCCAUGUAUUUCCAUUAUAUUUUAUUGUAUUCCUAUGUAUUUCCAUUGUAUUCCUAUGGUAUUCCCCCUCUAAAAUGUCCAGGGAUUCCCAGGUGUGGGUGACCCCUCGAUAAAAACGAAUGUUGAAAGUUAAAAUUGAGUUUUAUUCUAUAAUAUUAGAGGAACUUCCGCAUUAAUUUUAGCAUCAGUAUUCUGUGAGCCUUGAACAGUUCCGCAUCCGCUGAUGAAUUUCAUCUUUAAAAAUUAUUUUAGAAAAUGUUUUAAUAAAAACGAAUAUAAGUUAAAAUUGAGAUUUAUUCUAUAAUAUUUGUGGUUUUAUUGUAUAAUAAUUGCGGAACUUCUGCAUUAAUUUUUGCAUCGGCAUCCAGUGAAUUUUAUCCUUUAUAUUAUUUUUGAAAAUGUUGAAAGUUAAAAUUGAGUUUUAUUUUAUAAUAUUUGCGGAACUUUCGCAUUAAUUUUAGCAUCCGCAUCUUGUGAGCCUUAAAAUAUUCCGCACCCGCUGAUGAAUUUCAUCCUUUGUAAUUUUUUUGAAAAUGUUUGAAUAAAAACGAAUGUUGGAAGUUAAAAUUGACUUUUAUUGUAUAAUAUUUGCGGAACUUCCGCAUUAAUUUCAGCAUCCGCAUCCUGUGAAAUUUAUCGUAUAUAAUUAUUUUUGAAAAUAUUUAAAGUUAAAAUUGAUCUUCCACAUUAAUUUUAGCAUCCGCAUUCUGUGAGCCUUAAAAUAUUCCGCAUCCGCUGAUGAAUUUCAUCCUUUAUAAUUAUUUUUGAAAAUGUAUGAAUAAAAACGAAUCUUGGAAGUUAAAAUUGAGUUUUAUUCUAUAGAUAAAAUAUGUACAUAAUUCUUAUUAAUAAAAGUUAAAAUUCGCUAUGUUAAAAACAUAUUUACAACGUAAACUAAUUUGAUACUGAUAUUGUGCACUCCCCGAUUGUUCCGUGUUUUUUCUCGCACAAACCGAUCCCCGUCAAAAACGAUAAACUAUCGUCGAGUGUUUUUUCCUCCUCCUUCUCUUUUGGGUUUUCCUGCAACGAAACUUCAGGUUCCAAAAACUUGGGGGUUUCUUCUUUUUUUUCUUCCGCAUCGGUUUCAUCUGUUUUUAUUUCCACGUAUGGUUCUAUGAUGGGGUCUUCCAUGGACUGUUCCAUUUCCCUGAGGGGUUUCGUCAGAUACUCCAAGUCGCCGAAAGGAAGAUUUGUGAUGUCGUAAUUUGGACCGAUCCUGCCGGGAAUUUGUGGAGAUGCGC